CGAUUGGCAAAAGCAGAAAGAAGAAGAAUUUUCUAUGUGUGUUUUGCUCAGUUGCUGCAUGGAAAAAUAGUAUUAUUGGCUAUAUUCGUUUAAAUAAAGCACUUAAAACACCAAAAACACAAGGAAAAAGCAGUCAAAAUGAUGCUAUUCAUGCUGCUGUUCAGCCGGCAGGGAAAGCUUCGACUGCAAAAAUGGUACAUGGCAUACCCCGAUAAGGUGAAAAAGAAGAUCACCCGCGAGCUGGUGACCACGAUAUUGGCCCGGAAGCCCAAGAUGUGCUCCUUCCUGGAAUGGAAAGACUGCAAAAUUGUCUACAAAAGGUACGCCAGCUUGUAUUUCUGUUGCGCCAUCGAGCAGAACGACAAUGAACUGCUGACACUAGAGAUCAUCCAUCGCUACGUGGAGUUGUUGGAUAAGUACUUUGGCAGCGUCUGUGAACUAGACAUAAUUUUCAACUUUGAAAAAGCGUACUUCAUUUUGGACGAGCUGCUAAUUGGCGGCGAGAUCCAGGAGACGUCGAAAAAGAACGUACUUAAGGCAAUCGCCUCGCAGGAUCUGCUCCAAGAGGAUGAGACCCCGCAGAGUUUCUUCGAUGAUCAUGGCCUUGGCUAAGUUGGCUACCAUAAGCAAAAUUAUAUUACUUAUCGAACCCAUUUCAAGUCGCCUUAAAUGUAUGCGUGUAUUUGUAUUUAACGUAAACCCGAAAGAUGAAUGGUUCUAUUAUUAUUUAACCACCACCCUGUGUCAGCAUAAAAUAUAGUGUAUAGAAAUGCUGUUAAACGUACUCCUAAUUUUCGCUUGGCAAAUGCAAUUUGCAACUAAAACCUGUAUUCUACCAUAUAUAAGCAGCAAUAUCCUUUUGCUCACACACACAUUCGUACUUGUAAGGAAUAACUUUUUAGAUAUAAGCCAAGUCAAGCGAAGCAAAACUAUCUAUAUCGACGGUGUGCUCAACUUUUUAGUUGUAAGAUAAAAGUCCUCAAAUAUAUGGAAAUUGCUGUACCCGAAGUAACCAAAAAAUGAUCUGUUUGCUUUCUAAAUAACUUUCAAUUAAAUAAAAGCUGUACUGACUGUGA